UCCGCAGUUGCCUGAAGAGGUGAAGCAGAAGCAGAAAUUAUUUUCCGAGGCCUGGUCUUAGGGUUUCAGUCACGUGCACUCGUCCUCUAUAAAGCAGCGAGCUCUGCAAGUUUUCUCUUCUCUCCACGAUGCUGCUCUUCCUCGUUCGACACGCAGAGUCGACGGACAACUACCGACGGCUCUACUCCGGCUCCGGGCGGGAUGUUGACCUGACCGUCCACGGUGCGCAGCAGGCGCAGGCUCUUGGAGCACGGCUGAAGAAGGACAGGACGCCCGCGAGCAGGAUCAUUGUCUCGACCAUGAAGCGCACGCGGGCGACUGCUGCGCCGAUUGUGGAUGCCUGGCCGGACGCGGAGGUGGUUUACUCGGACUUGAUUGUCGAGCGACACUUUGGCGGCGCCGAGGGGCGGUCGGUGUUUGGUCUCGACAGAGAGCUGCUGCAGGAUGCCGAGACCAGUAGUGCGCUGACGAGGCGCGUAGAGGAGUUUUAUCAGACGAUGCUCCUGCCUCUGCUGGUUGAGGACGCGGGCGAUGUCGUUGUUGUCUCGCACGGGGCGACGACAGCGCAGUUACUCGCCGUCAUCUUUGCGGAUCUGCAUGCGCGAGUAGCUGCGCCGCCGAUGCUGGCCAACUCGUCAUAUCACGUUCUCGAUAUCGAUGGUACUAACAGGAAGUUGCGGGGAGCUGAGUUUAACGUAGAGUCUCAUCUGAGCGGUGUCUCGACCGCUCGAGCUGCUGGAGGAGUCAGCAACGCGAACCAAAGCCGGCUGGACUCUUUUUUCAAAAAGUAGCAGCGAGUCUGUGAAGUAAAAGGUUAUGUAAGUGUCUUUACUGUAUAAACAACUUGUAGCAAUAUAUUCUGUUUUGAUAAUACAUAAACUCCAAACUCCAAAAACAAUAAGAUCAUAAACGCGUCAACUCCUCCUAAAACUGACGUCCUGCACCAAC